UAAAACUUUCAAAUUUUAUGUGUUUUUAGCCAUUUAAUUUAAAAAUGUCGACAUCAGUUCACACAAGCGUCAACUGCAAAGCUUGCAAUAGCGAUGAUUCAUUUAAGGACGGUUCUAAUAUCUUUGCCGCUGUCAAAUCAGGGAUUUUAAUGGCGGUCCAGAGCAUAGUAGAGGUGCAGGGUCCAGGUGCCUUCAACACCUUUGAUGAAAAGGGAAAUACCCCAGCGCAUUGGGCCUGCCUUCAUGGGAAUAAAUUGUUAUUAAACUACAUCAUCGAGUGCGAUGGGUUCAUUAAUGAACCCUCUCAAAAUGACAUUGGGCAGAGGCCGAUACAUUGGGCAUGCUAUGAGGGGCACUUGCAUAUCGUUGAAAUAUUAUUGCAGCAAGGUGUAUCAAUAGACAUCCAAGACAAAAAAGGCAAAACUCCGCUCAUAGCUGCUGCUCAAAAUGGAAGGUGUAGCGUCGGAGCUUUCCUCAUCUCGAAAGGUGCCUCAAAGGUUUUUGUUGAUUGUGACGGUGAUGGGCCACUACAUUGGGCGGCUUACAAUGGACAAGUUCCAAUGGUUAGGAUGCUAGUGUAUUUUGGCUACGACCCUGAACAACCAGACAGUCACCAGCAGACACCCGUUCAUCUUGCCUGCCUUCGUGGGUCAGUUGAUGUCGUCAGGGAUCUCUGCGAAAUUGACAAAGUGGACAUUACGGUCAGGGACAAGAAUGGUUGUACACCGUACAUGCUGGCCGUAAAGAAGAAACAGUACAACGCGUGUAACCUCUUGAAGCAGGUCGAACAGAGGAGGUUGAAGAAAAUUUAUUUCCCCAGGAAUUUUAAGUCUCUAGUGGAUGGAUCGUUCGUUGGUGGGUCUGGUCUAAACAUGUAUAAGUUUCUAGUCUUGUUCCUAUUGUUCUUUGCCUAUCCUCUAUACGUCUAUGAG